GGGUAUGGGUGUUAUUGUUAUUUUACUUUUGACCCACACCCACACCCAUCCACACCCACGCCCACACCCACACCCACCCACACCCCACACCCACCCACACCCACACCCACACCCCAGUCAAAAAACGAAAUGCAUAUUUUAUUCAUUUAGUUAAAAGAACCAACAGUGAUAACUUAUGAUGAUCAUGAUUAUGUAUUCGAAGGUUUUUCUGUUCUUUAUCGUGUAUCAUUAGCUAAUGUGAAUGAUUGUAUUGUUGUUUAUCAUAAUAUUGAUUAUGCAAUUGGUUUAGAAGAAGAAUCUCCAUUAGAACAUUAUACAAUCGAAGAACUUGAUCUUCUUCAACAAUAUCUUCUUAUUGAUGUUUGUGAAUUAUAUAAUAUACAAUGGGGACCAUUAAAUAAUAAUAAUGAUAUAUCAACUUGUACAUGUUAUCAUUUUUUUCCUCGUUUUGCACGUAUUUUACCUGAUAAUGGAAAAGAAUUACUGCAUCCAGCUGAACAAAUACAAUAUUUUCUUAAACAUAUUAAACCUUUAAUGCCUAAUGAUUUAUAUUCACGUUGUAAAUCAAUGUCUGUUGAUGCAUGGGAUAAAUAUGUAUCAAAAGUACAGGGUUCAAUUGUUUGGUUUCCAAAACAUCGUCCAGCUGCUAUUAGACUUGAUCAACUUGAUCGAGAAAAUAGUUCUUAUCCAGUUAUUGUUCAUUUUGCCUUAACACAUCCAAGUAGAAAUUAUGUUUUACAUAAUAAUCUUGGUCCAAAUCCAGAUCAUGUUAAAGAUACUUUAGCAAAUUGUCGAAUACGAAAUACAGUUUAUGGUGAUCGAAAACAAUUAUUUCGACCAAUAACUAAACGAGGUGUAUCAACAUUAUUUAAAAUAAUGGCUAAAAAAGCUAAAACAUGUGAAUAUAUAUUAGAAAUAACAAAUUAUGAACGAUUAGAAUUUCUUGGUGAUGCUUUAUUAGAAUUUCUUGUAUCAAUACAUUUAUUUUUUUUAUUUCCACAAUUUGAUGAAGGUCGUUUAUCAACAUUUAGUGUUGGAUUAAUUCAAAAUCAUUUUUUUACAUCAUUAGCACGAAAUCUUUGCUUACAACAUUUUAUUAUUUAUAAUCAUGGACAAGCAAAUUCAUUUGAAGCAUUAAUGGAUGCAAUUUAUCUCGAUGGUGGAUUAGUAAAAAAAAAUAAACAGUUAACGAAUAUAUGGAAUAAUUUACAAGAAUAUCCAUUAAAAGUUCAAUAUCUAAAUAGCGAUCCUCAUUUAAUUGAACAAGUACCUUUAUUAAAACAAUUAACUAAAUUUGAACAAGAUCUUGAAGUAGAAUUUCGACAUAUUCGAAUUGAUUAUUUAUAUCGUCAUUUUCUCGAACAUCAUGAAGGUCAUUUAUCAUUACUUCGUUCAUGUACUGUUUCUAAUCCAACACAAGCUGUGAUCUAUGAUGAAUUAGGUAUGCAAGUAUAUGUAGAUUAUGUUCGUGAACAACUUCGUAUGACAACACCAAAAUUAAUUGAAAAAUCUUUAAAAGCUAAAGCAGAUGUAUUUGAAGCAUUUAUAGCUGCUUUAUUUAUUGAUCCAAGUUUAGAAUCAAUUUAUGCACUUUGUCGUGCAACUAUAUUUCCACAUUUACAAGAUUUUAUAUCAACACAACAUUGA